GUGAUUUGCGAAGGCGAGACGAGCGAACCAAGUACGCCUUGGUUCUUUUGUCUCUUGCUUUCUUUUGGUUUCGCCGUAACGUGGCCUCACCGUCUCAACGACAACAGCAAACAAACUGCAAAGAAGGCGUGUACGCUGCCUGGCGGUUUUGUCUUCACACGGCUUUCUGUUGACGCCAUACUCCAUGAAGUCGCUCAAGCCUUCCCAGUCGCAGACCACGACGGUGCGGACGCCGUCAACGCGGCUGCCGAUGCUGUCAAGUAAAUCAGGCGCAUUUCCGAACGGCACCGUCCGCGGCCCCGCCUACACACCUUCGCCACCGUGCGGACUUCUUCACCUCAUCGAAAGCGGCAUCAUCAAGGCCGAUGCUGAUUUAGAGCCAAUGCUGACCACCGAUGGCCCAAUGCGCUCAAAGCGCGUCGUGUUGCACAAGUCGGCGGAGCGCAGUCGCCGGCAGCCGAACGUGAUGACAGAGAACUCCGGCUUCAACGGCGUGCGGGAGUACAAGCUAGACAUGGACGAACUCGCCCGCAUCCCCGCUGCGCUCAACUUGGAGGAGUUGAAGGGGUGGGAGGCCGAUCAGGCGCAGGAGCGACGUGCGCAACAGGCAGCAGCAGCAGCCGCCGCAGCAGCAGCGGCCUCUGAAGCACAGCGAUCAGCGCCAUCGCCACAGCCGCAGCCGUCUUCCUCUUCCUCCGCGGCGGCAAACAUGGCCCCGGCUGUACACGCUGACGCCACCACGCGCGACGACACGCGAACGUACACGCAGCUUCUUGAUUUGUACUCGAUGCACGAGUUCAUCAUCCGCAAAGGCAAAGCACUGCGCAACACGCCAGAGUUUGCGUCCUUCAAACGACACUACAGUGCCAGCUGGGGAGAAGUGGAGGGUCUGAUUGAGGCGUUGGAGGAGCUCAUGUCCACCUACGGGGUGGAGCUGGCCUACGUGGACGGCAAGCAACUGGCGCAGCUGGCCUCCUACCAAGCUCCGGAUUUGGUCACUGCUGCCGAGCUGGUGCAGUGUAUCGCCAACGUAGAGGAGAUACUCCCCUUGGUCUCUGACGCCUCUCGCCCUUUCCACUACGGCCCCCGUCGCCACCACAUUGCUGCCACCAAGAUCCAAGCCACGUGGCUCAUGUAUCGGCAACGCAUUGCGUACAUCCACCUCCUCAUUGGCACCCGUGCCGCCAUCGCGAUUCAGCGGCAGUGGGCGACCUACCGGGCGCGCUGCAUGACCCGCCGCACCAUCCGCACGCUUCGCGACACCAACCUGCUGCGGUGGCGACAGACCAUGGAGGAAUUCAAGGCGGCGUGGCCGCAGAUACAGGAGGGACGCCGCACCAUCCUUCACAUUCCCUCCCUCUCCUACCCCACCUAUCAGGCCAAGAAGGUGUCCUUCUUUGAAGCGCAGCAGCUUGGGCAGCUGACCCGCCUCAGCAUGCUGGCCGACCCACGGGUGCAGGUCGUCUUUGUCGUCCCUGAAAAACCAGAACAGGAAAUUCGGCAGUACUACGAAAAGCUGUUGGCGGAGAGCGGCAUCACGAACGUGGCAGGGCGGCUGACGUACGUCGUGCCGGAGAAUGCAGCACGGCUCCCUGCUGGUCUGAGUCUCACCCGCAUGAUAUUACUCUCCCCCCGGCUGCUGAAGCUGCUCUCGGCACUCAGCACUGGCAAGCCCGCCUACAUUGUGCCUGCGGUGGUGGGCCCAGAGGAGCUCACCUUGGCGAGUCAGUUGAACGUGCCACUGCUCUCUGCGGAGCCUCGCAUUGUGCAGGCCUACGGCUCGAAGAGCGGCUGCCGGCGCUUACUCGAGGCGGCUGAUGUGAUGACCCCGCCCGGAGCAGCGCAGCUUCGAUCUCGAGGCGAUCUGCUGCACGCACUCACUUCCUUAAUCUUGGAGCACCGCGAUGUCUCACGCUGGCUCAUCAAGCUUGAGAACGAGUUCGCCAGCCACGGCCACGCCUACUUAGAUGUGAACCGUCUGCGGUCCUUGCAGGAUAACAGCGAGGGAGCGUCAGAGGCUGCAGUGGCGCGCGAAUUGGAGGUACACGGCGCCAAGCGUGUCCGUCUGCUGCAUCCUCACAUCUACCCCGACUGGGAGUCGUACUUGGCGAUGUUCGACAUGGUAGGCGGGACCGUCGAGGCGGUGCUGCCCGGGCUCACCUCCCCGGUGACGGCCAAUCUUUUUAUUUCGCCUUCCGGCACGGUGCAGCUGGAGUCGGUGGUGGAGCCGCUGCUGGCGCCGGCGCUCACCGUGAUGGGUUCCUUGUUUCCGUGCCGCUCUACCGUGCCCUACGCGGCAAUUCGAGGCGCCUCCCUCAGCGUGGGCCAAGCCGCCUACCGCAAGCGUAUUAUCGGGUACGUCUCCGUGGACUACGUCGUGACCACCGACACGGCAGGCGCAGACGGUGCAGCGGAGCAGCAGCGGGUUUGGGGAGUGGACGUGGAUUUUGGGUUGUCGACCUACGCAGCCGCCCACGGCCUCGCCACCGUCAUCGCCGGGAGCACGUGGGAUGCGAAGCGCGGCACCUGCGUGCGUGCGACCUCGGGUGAGGCCCUCGCCUACGCCUACAGCGGUGUCCUCUACAGCCCGUACAUAUCCGCCAUUCGCCACGCGUCGUUCUUCGCGCGCUGCCAGAGCCGCCGGCUGGCCUACGACUGCGGCUGCCGCACCGGCGUCGUCUUUCACUUCCUCAACGUGUUCCUGUGCAACUGCAUGGGCGUCAUUUCGAUUGAGACGGAUGCGGCGCGGGCGGUGCGGCGGCUGGCGGAGUUCCAGCUGCUUUUGAACAUGGAGCUGCCGAAGCAGGGCGAGCACUUGGCGGAGAGCAACUGUGUGUACUUCUCGUCUCUUGUGCGGCAGCUUUCUCAACUCCUGCGGUAG